AUGAUUCUUCAACUCAAAUCAUAUAUUGUAUGGAGUCAACGUGAUUUUGUCAAUCCAGCCGUUACUGAUCCAGCGCCAUGUUCAUGCGAUGUUCGGAUUAAUGUUUGCGAUCCAAACUGUUGCUGUGAUCCUGAUUGUAAAGACUUCGAUUUGACAGUAUCACCAAUUUGUAAAUCAAGACAAACUACUGCUUCAUAUGCUUCAGCAACUCUACUAAAUUUUCAAACAUGGAACUGUUCGAAUAGUACAUCUGCAGCUGCAUAUGAUUAUUUUCCAUUUGUUUGUGUACAAUUUGAACUUCAUGAAAUUCUUGGAAUAUACCAUCCAACAAGGAAUAUGACGUUUUUAAAAAGAUAUGAAGACGCAACUAAUUUAUAUACAACAUUUGUUGAUGAAUAUUCAGAUUUAUUUCAAUCGACAACAUUAAUAUCGUCUUCUAGUACAGUAAACUAUUCUAUAGGUGCUCCUAUUAAACAAACAUCAAAUACAUCCUUUACACUACCUGGAAAUUUAGCUGGUAUAACUUGUCAAGAGAAUGUAAAUGUUUUAUUUGGAAUCAAUCGUGAUUUUUCAUGUCCAUCGAUUUCAGUAUCCAAUCUUUGCAGUCGUAUAAAUUCUGUAACAUCAUUUUUGAAAGGUGGUGAUUCAAGUUCGCUUGUAAAUGUCACUUUUUAUACAAAAACAUAUUCACCAUCUGGAUCGAAUAUAAGAGAUUUCACAACGGAAUAUUAUUUUCAGAAUUCAACUUCUCCAAAUAUUAAUGAUAUAACAUCUAAUAAUAUUACUAUUUAUGAUUAUUGUCCUGGUAGACAUCCAACUACACGAACUCAACGUUAUCUUUCUGUUUGUAAUGUAACUAAUAUUGACUUAUGCAGUAAUCAGUAUCAAACAUGGAGUGGAUGUCCAUCAAGAGAUAAUUUACAAUAUAGUACUAUUGAGGAUAGAUUUUUUAUUGCUGUAAAUGCAUCAAUAGAUGAUUCAACAAAUUUUGCUGAUUUUAAUAAUGCAAUCAAUGUAACAUUAAUAUCUUGUCCAGGCAAUAUUAUGAGAGUAUUCUACCGUUUUAAUUAUUCAUCAGUUGAUAAUACUAUAUCGACUGUUGAAGUUUUCGUUCUAUAUGCACCUUCAAGUGGACCUUCAUCAAAUCCACGAAUUACAAUUGAAUGGAAUAAUGUUGCAAAUGAUUCUGCAUCAUCUACAACUAUCCCUCGUGGUUAUCUUGAUGGGGAAGUUCUUCAAUUUCGACGUAAUAAUUUCCUCUCAGAUGUAUCAACAUUAGUUGCAUCUUCGAAUGGUUUAUGUAUUGAUGCUACACGGCAAAAUAUUCGUUAUAAAAAAGGUACUUCAUCAUACUGCUUUAUUCAAUUACGAAGAGCGACGAUACAACAAUGUCACGAUCUCAAACUUAAUAUGUAUCUCUAUUUAAAUACAUUUUAUGCUCCAGCAUCACAUGUUCUUGCAUAUCCAAGUGCAAAUGCAACAUUAAUUCAAAUACGAGAUGAAAAUCAAGAUAAACGUGAUCUUGAUCGAAUCGAUCAAACACGCCUCAAUAAUCUAUUAAAUACAAGUUAUAUUACUCGAACAAGGCGUAAUACAAGUGUCUAUGCGAUAUAUGAUGCAACAGAAACUCUUUCAAUUUGCUAUGAUGUUCCAUCUGGUAUUUACAUAGAGUUUGGUUACGUUCGUGUACAAAUCAGUCCAACAGUUUCAUUCGAACGAAUUGUUUCUGUUCAAUAUAAUUAUACUUAUUCAAAUUGGCACUUUGAUUGUACCAAAGAUACUUGUGAUAGUACAUCAACACAACGAUAUCCUGUCUCCUUUCAAUCAGCUUUUUUUGAUUUUACAAGUUCGGCACUUAACUUAACUAGCAUAACAAAAGCCGAUAUAACUUCAGCUGAUAACUAUAUUCAGCAUUUACUUUGGCUUAUUACACCCGAAUAUCAUGGUGAACCAAGUUAUCGAAAUUAUACAAUUGCAAUGAUUCUAAUUUUUAUUGCAAUUAGUGUUGUCGUUAUGCAUGUUCUAUUAUUUGGAAUGAUGUUUCCAUUUUAA